UGAGGUCAGUGCAGAGAUAACUUCACCACCCGCUGGGCCUGCGGCACAAGUCCGCUGCGGCCAGCUGUGGGUGACUGUCCCUGGACCUCCCUCCAGGAAGUCACUAAGGGGAAGGAGCAGGACACAGCUUACCCUCCAUGGAGAGCCACCCAGCCACCACCCUGGAGGUCCUCACACCCAGCUGCCCUUGCCUUGCCCUCCAGGAAGAAAUACAGAGUGACUCUGCACUGCUGCCACCACCUGAGCACACCACUGCCAGCGCCGCCGAGGGUGGAGGCUGGCAAGCAAUCGCCUCAGGCGCCACCAGCAAGAACGAGACUGGACGCGCCACCUGCCCCAAAGUGUCCCCGAAGCCCAGCAUAUCCAAGGUGAUCCUGAGAGCCGCAGCAGACAAGGGCCCGCGCCACCUGGUGUCCCUAGCAGCCCUGAAGAGCGCUGUGGCCACCGUGGGCUACGACGUGAGCCGUAACGCCUGGCGCUUCAAGCGUGCGCUUAAGAAGCUGGUGGACCAAGGCAUGCUCCAGCAGGUGACUGGCAGGGGGGCCCUGGGCUCCUUCCGCCUAGGCAAGAAGCAGGCCUCCAAGCCCAAGCUCAAGGCCAAGAGUCCAAGCCAGUCACAGCGGAGACGUGCACAGCGCAGGGGUGGGCAGUGUCGGCCUGGGCAGCACCGAUCACUAUAGGGCUCUAGACAGGGCCACAAGCGGCUUCUCAAGGGGCCUUGCAGAGUGGCCAAGGAGCGCCGCAAGUAACAAGGCGGCCAGGUUGGCUGGCAGGGGGUCCAGGCCCGCCACAGGCUCAGUGCUGCGGGAAUAAAAGGAGCCUGACUUCCUGCA